UCUCCAUUUAGCUUGUUUUAAAGCAUUGAACGUAUUGCAGUUAUAAUACUGACCUAAUUAUUUUCUCUCUCUACAGGUUGCAUUGGUUUCUAAGUGGAGCUCGUAGCAGAUAUCAGACUUGGAUGUAUGGAUAGCCCAGUGUGGUGAACACUCAAACAGGAUUAGGUACCUCUAAAUCCAAACCUCAGCUCCUCGCUAUGGCCAGCUUUUCAGGGACUCCCCCAGCCAGCAGGGACCUAGCAGGGUACAGUUUGGUGUCACCCACCCCCGGUGAUAACUACGACUACAAUGACACCACCGAGACACCAACAAGUCGAUGGUUCUUCGACGGACAUUACUACGACCUGACGCAACUCAAGAGCGUGUAUGUCAUCAUCAUCAUCCUAUCUGUCUGUGUGAUGGUAGUGGGGCUGGUUGGUAACGCUAUGGUCAUAGCUGUAGUGUGCCGUCACCGCACUAUGAGAACUCCUACUAACUUCUAUAUCCUCAGCCUGGCACUAAGUGACUUCCUGGUCACUAGUUUCGUCAUGCCACUCAAGUUGCUUGAGAUGUCCACUGAUGCAGACCUGAAUCUACUCAGUGCUGCCAUGUGCUCUACGUUGGGGUUCGUUCAGCCUUACUUUGUCUUCACGAGUAUUUGGACCCUGGUUGCAAUCUCGAUAGACAGAUACCUGGUCAUCAUCCACCCCCUACGGUCUCGCUCCUUCAACACCCGGGCCAGAGCCUCCCGCAACGUGGCCGCAAUCUGGGUGGUACCCUUCCUGGUCCUCGCCCCGUACUUCUACCCCCAUCUCACCUCCAGCUACCGUAUGUCCAGCCAACUCGGCGUCAUCCGCCGGACGAUAUGCCACUCAGACCUACCACACGAGUUCAUGAAAUGGUACGCCGUGAUCGAGUUCGCCGUGCUACUCCUCGUGCCCGUUGGGCUGCUGUGCUUCACGUGCUUCUCCAUCGCGGGGAGGCUGUUCCGAUUGACGGAGGAUGAAAAGAUGCUCAAGACGUCGUUGAGAAAAGAGGAGGCGAGUCGAAGGAAGGUUGCGAAGAUGGUUCUGGUCGUCGUUUUCGCUUUUGUCAUGUGCUGGGCGCCAUUUUUUAUCGUGACCUUGGUCAACUAUUUCCUGAAGAUCCUGAGCAAUUCGAACUUUGUCUUCUGGCAGUCAGUCCUUCUGCUCUUUGGUUUCUCCAACUCCUGCAUGAACCCAAUCAUCUACGCCUUCAUGAGCCGUGCAUUUAGGCGUGGUUUCCGGGGGAUCAUCGUCUGCUUCUGCCCUUGCACAAAGCCCUGUUUUAAGAACAGGGGCAAGUUCGGCAAACCACGGCCUAGUGUUACCAUCAUCUCGAGCGAGCCGGCUACCGAGGCGUGCCGUGUUGGGGGCGAUAGCUGCCCGAGGGGUAAGCGACGCCGCGCGCCACCAGACCGCACCUCGCGUUGGAAUAACACCCAGUACAGCGCGGUAUCCGAGACUGAAGCCAUUGACAUGACUAGGUUACCAGGGAACAAUGCAAAUGGCGGUCCGUGUGAUCACCACCACCACAACCGUCAACCUAAAACAAGUGAGGAUUCAUUCACAACCAGCAUCCUCCCAACGGACAGUGGGUCCACCGGAUCUCAUAACCCGUCCUGGACAGCAUCCAGUAGACCCUGCAUCCGGGAGCAGGAGGAAGAGAAACCGGAUCGCACUCUAAUGAAACAAGAUGACACGCCAUUCGAAGACGUCACACUUGAUGAUGAGACUCAACAACGGAACAUCGUCACUGACUGUAACCGGAACGCCCCGGAUCACCCCAUCAAGCAUCACCACGAGCUGAAACAAGACACCGCGGAAGCUGGAAACAGACACGGAAAGCUCCCCAUAAUCCAGAACACUGAAGAUAAUUUCAGAAUUGAAAACAUUGGGGAAUGAACAUCGCUACACUAAAUGAAGAUGAGUUUCCUGACUAUGCGUCCCCAAUCGUCAGUGGGUUCGGACUGUUAAUCCUGUCGGAUCAAGACAGUGACACGGAACGGAUCCGGAAUCUACCGGAUGUCUUUCAGUGUUGGGUUUUAUUUAUUGUAAUCAAAUAUAAACGUGCACAAAAAUUCGUAAUUUUAUGAUUGUUCAGUACUAGCCAUCACGUAGACAUCGAACUUGCACAUCGCUUUGUUGAAGAGAGAACGUCUGUUGAUUUCAAUAUUUCAAAUGACUUCUUUGAGUUGUUGUGAAUAUCGUACGAUGAAGUUUAAACAUUGAGACAGAGGUGUGAACUGUAUUCACAGGCCUUUCUGAUUGAUACAGUGCAAUCACCACAAGUUAGCUGGUUAAAGUUCCUCCAAAAGGACAUGUAUAGUAACCACGUAUCAUUACACAAUACAUUUAGCUUUUUAGUAACACCACGUAUAGCUAAAAACAUUGUUCUGCGAAACUGUGAUCAUCUUAAAUAUAAUGCUUGAAAUUUACAGUUGUGACGUAUACAUUACAAGUAUACGUAUAGGUUUCCGGACCUGAAAUUCCAUCUUUAAGAGGGCAAGACAAUUUUCAUUUUUCAAUGGCACUUCCAACAAAUCUUGAAGGCCAUGGGAUACUUUUGAAGGGGGCACCAACGCCAUCAUCAGGGGACGUCACCAAAAAUGAGCGUUUUGUUUUAAACAUUGGAAUAUACAACUUAAGAAGCGUUACUGGUCAGUAAAGCCUCCAGAUUAUUUUUUCCAAACACUUGCACGUUCUGUAAGGAGUUUUGCCACACAGGACAGCAUGAAAUUUAAGGAUUUCUCCUCUUUGUAUACGAAAUGCUGUCAACUUGUCAUGUAGUUAAAUAUAAUCUUGUUUCUAUUGACUUACAAGGCAUGCUUACAAAAAAUAUGUAUAUUACUGUAUAUAAAUGUCUAUUUUGAUUAACUAUACACUCUUUAAAAAAUUAGUUGGAAUCAAGUUAUAAUAAUUGUAAAAAACAUUUUCAAAUCGACUUAUGAUUAACAUUGCAUCUUAAAGUUUUAGGUCAGUAUAUGUGGGAGGGUGUUGGGUUCGAGUCCCACCCUUGUCCUCUAAAUGUGUCACGACAAGGAGUACUUUAAAAACACACAAUCCAAAGAACUAACAAUAAAACUCAAACUAUACACUCAAACUUUCAAAGUAGACUGACACUUGAUAUUGAGGGGUUUGAGGUAACUAUGUUGUGGGAGGGUGGUGGGUUCGAGUCCCUCCCCGGUAGCUCUAAUCGCUCCUCAUCUCAGCAUGUGUGUCAUAAUACGCUAUACAGUACUUAACACACGCCCAACAACUAACAACAAAGAAACAAUACAUACAUCAACUCUUUAUAGUGUGCGACACUUAGUUAAGUUGUGUGGGUGCUUUCAUUUUACUACCUUAUGGAAACCGAGGACAAAACAAAAAAGGGAAAAUAAAAGGACUCCAUGGGGAAAUUUUAAAGACCUGGGUGCUCCACAAGGAAUUAUGUGUACAAAGUCUAAUGGGAAGAUCUACAGUACAGGGACAAUGGAAAGAACAAUAGAUGUCUCCACAGGGAUGCAAAACAGGGAAUGUGUGAAGCUGUUUGUUAAAGCCAGUGGACACUAUUGGUAAUUGUCAAAGACCGGUCUUCUCACUUGCUGUAUCUCAACAUAUGCAUAA